CAAAGUAUCCAAUCACAAAAAGAGAGGAGGAAAUACAGUUAAUAAAAAGGAAAGAGAGAGAGAGUGGGGAUGCUGCACGCAUCCGCCCCUGCUAAUUCCCAUCGCGAUUCACGGUCGUUCGCCGUUCGAUUUCGACCCCCAAAUCGCCUGACUGCCGCCGUGCCGCGCCACUGCCGCCAGCUCGCCGCCAAUCUUCCGGUCCACAAUUCGUCGCAGCCUCUCACCUCUUGCCACCACGGCACCACCGCUUCUCCUCCAAGCCUCCAAUUAAAAGAGAUUGAUACCCGGAUCGUAUUCUUGAAGUGUUCACCUGAGCCCAAAGCUCAAACAACCAAGAAAGAAGAUCUAAAGGAUUCCACCUUCAUCAUGCUAGGAGCUCCCAAUCACACAGAAAUCAUUGUGAUUCGCCACGGCGAAACCGAAUGGAACAAGGAAGGAAGAAUCCAGGGGCACUUGGAUGUGGAGCUGAAUGAGAUUGGGAGAGAGCAAGCGCGUGCCGUGGCCAAUAGACUUUCAAGGGAGCCAAAGAUCUCCGCCGUGUAUUCCUCAGACUUGAAGCGAGCUCUUGAGACCGCGGAGACAAUAGCCCAAUAUUGUGGAGGUCUUGAGGUCGCGAAAGACCCCGGUUUGCGCGAAAGGCAUUUGGGUGAAAUCCAAGGCCUCCUCUACUCCGAAGUGUCCAAAUCUAAAACCAAUGCCAAGGCGUACCGCGCAAUGGUCUCUCACAGAGACGAUUCAGAAAUCCCUGGCGGUGGGGAAAGUCUAGACCAGCUCCGCCAUCGCUGCGCGUCUUCCCUGAGGAGGAUCGCGAAGAGCCACAGAGGGGAGAGAGUGGUGGUGGUUUCUCAUGGGGGAACUAUUAGGGCACUUUAUAGGCUCGCUUCUUCGACGAAUGGGCACUCGGUUGGUAAGAUCCUAAACACAUCUGUGAGUAUAUUUCACUUCUCUGAUGAUGAUGAUGGUGGUGAGGAAUGGACAAUCAAGUGUUGGGGUGAUGUGAGCCAUCUUGAAGAUGCUGGGUAUUUGAAGUCUGGGUUCGGCGGCGACAAAAACUCUGGGUAGGUCGAUGGAAUGAAGGGUAAAAAUCGAUUUUAACACCAGAGUUUGGCACCACGUGUUUCGGAUACGGACAGACAAUUACCGUCUCGGCAUAGAACCCAGAUAAUAAUUGUUUGUACAUGUCUGUACAUCACGUCGUGUCAAACUUCGAUGGCAAAUUUGUUGUCAAACUUUGGUGUCAAAUUUGGUGGGAUUAUAGCAUGGCCAAAGCAAUAAAUUGGCAUGAAUUUGGAAUUUGGAUUGAGCUGCCAACACAAUUAUAGUAUAUAAAUGUGUUAUCUUUUGAGUGUAUGAAUGAUGGUGCACUUUUCUUUCGUUGUUUGUUUGAACACGAUAUGUCAUAAAGAAUUAUUUUCACAUUUUAUUUUAAAAUUGUGUAUGAGGAGGGUAUAUUUA